AUGCUUCCAUCAGCCUAUUUCCUACUGAACCUCCUCUUAUUCUCGCCAUUCGUCUUAUCCCAAGACGGAUCGUCAGAACUUUUGUUAGAGAAACACACACUAUCCGGUUUGAACUCACGGCUAAAGGUACGGUGCACAGACGACAAUCUACGGUUAUACUCGAAUGCUACAGCAUGUGCGGAUGAGCGUGAGCCAGAAUCCUGUAAAAUGAUCUUUUCAAUUCAAUGGAGCAAUUCGCCCGCAGGCAGAGAUCCAAAGUGUGACAAUCCUUUGUUGAAGGAUUUGGCUGAUCAAUGCAGGCAUACUUGUGCCAUUUGUUGUGAGGAUGAGACUUAUAGCUGCCAGAAUGAUGACAGUAAGUUUUGAGAGGAUUUUAGGCUUAACUUUAAAACUUUUUUACUAAUUUUUGUUUUGUAAAGAAAGUUUUUGCUAUUUUUUGUUUUGUAAAGGAAGUUCUUGUUAUUUUUUGAUUUGUAAAGAAAGUUUUUGCUAUUUUUUGUUUUGUAAAGGAAGUUCUUGUUAUUUUUUGAUUUGUAAAGAAAGUUUUUGCCGUUUUAUUUUCUGUAAAGAAAGAUCUUGCCAUUCCUCGUUUUGUAAAGAAAGUUUUUGUCAUUUUUUAUGUUAAAAGUUUUAAAAAAUGUUUUUUAGUUAAAGAUCUGCAAUAAUAACCAUGCCAUUUUUAACCCCCUACUUUCAGGUGGUAUUGUGAACUGUGAACAGAACGUCGAGAAAUGUGGAAUGCCCGAAUUCUCAUCGAUGAUGAUCAAAUUCUGUCCCGCCACAUGCGGACUGUGUUUGACCAAAAGGUGUCGUGACCAAAUUCAAGACUGUGAAUCAAUGAAAUCAUUGUGCACCAACGAAUUGUACGCCGUGUUCAUGGAGCAUCAGUGUGCUCGGACUUGCGGCAAAUGCAAAACCGACGAAGAAGAGGAGGAAGUAGAAGAAGAAGUGGAAGAAGAAGAGGAGGAAGAGAGUGGACCUGCUAGGAAGACACAAGGUAGGGCAAGCCCAUGUUUUUGUUCUGAAACACACAAAACAUAAAGUAUUACCUAAAAUUAAAAUUUUAAAAUUUCAGGCGUCACUUCAUCCUCAGGCAGUACUGGCAAUUCCAAAGAAUGCGUUGACUUAAUGAAAAACUGUGCCAGAAACAAAAAGUUCUGUCAUCACCCCAGCUACAGAGAAAUGAUGAAGAAGAACUGCGCGAAAACUUGUGGAUUCUGUAAAGGACCAGGCGGUAGCGGAUCGAGCAAAAAGAGCACCAGCAGCUCCAGUGGUGGUGCACCAAGCAGGAGUUUGCAAAGGGAGUGUAGGGACACACAUCCAUUGUAAGUGAAUUUACAGGCUUUAAUCUAGUUGGGAAGAGUAGAAAUUUAAAAAAAAAUUUUAAAUUGGGCGGGGUAAUUUUGGUAAUUUUUAGGAAAAAAAAAGUUUUUUAUGUUAGCAUAGUCCGACUUUAAGCGAAACGCUACUGAAGCUUGAUAUAAGCCCUUGGUUCAUUAUUUCUGCCAUUUAGACCUUUUGUCAUUUACGACCUCUUUUACAGUAAAUUUUAAGCCCUUGAACUCUCAUAUCAACCGCUCCUUCCAAAAAUUGUUUUAAACUUAUGACCUACUAGUUUUGACCCUUGAGUCAUUAGUUUAAGCCCUCAAGUCAUCAAAUAGUGACCUUUAGUUUAAAAACGACCUAUUUUUAGCUGCAAAGGAUGGGCCGCGAACGGCUACUGCGAGAGCGACGACUAUACUGAAGAAGAGAAGCGCGACAAGUGCGCCAAGACCUGCGGGCUUUGCUAA